UUACUAUAUUUAAUAUUAAAAUUAAGAGUUCAACAUUUUCGAUUGACGGGCCCAGGUCUGGGUUUUUAAGAUGACCCGGGGCGUGUUUUUCAGUGUUAAAACGACUGAAAGCUCGCAAAUCCUGAAGACCUGGUUUUAUCAAAAAAUACCCGUUUCCAGGCUGAAUAGCUCGUGAAACCCAUACCUGGCCGGUGUUGAACUCUAUUAUAGAUUGUAAAAAUUCAUAAAGUCUAUUCUAAUAGGAAUUGACACAAGAACGCCUUUAUUAUGCGCUUAUAUGAUGUGCCUUGGAUAUCUCAUGAAGGUGGAAAUAUUUUUUCUUUGGACAUCCACCCAAACGGAAGCAAAUUAGCCACGGCAGGUCAAGAUGGAGGAGGGGCAGGACUUUUAAUUGUUUGGGAUCUUGAUUUUCUCAAUGCAUCGAUUGAUGAAACAACCGAAGUUAUGCCUGCUUACAAUAAUCAUCCAAUGGCUAGAAUACCUCAUUCAAGCAGUAUAAACUGUGUUCGUUGGACUCGUGAUCCUUCUUCUAAACGUCUGGUUUGUGGAGGCGAUGACCCUGUUCUUUGUAUUUAUGAAUGUACUGGAGUCUUCACAAGUAUGGGAUCAAUUGAUCAACCUUCUUCUUCUACAACUUUGCCUUCUGAACAACAAGAAAUUUUACGAAAAGUAGAAAAUUAUAGAUGUACACAUAAAUUAUUUGGUCAUACUUUAGACGUUUUACAUUUGGAUUGGUCUCCAGAUGGAAAAUAUUUGGCUUCUUGUUCGCUUGACAAUUCAAUAAUAAUUUGGAAUGCUCGUAAAUUACCUGAAAAACUCACAACAUUAAAACAAUCGGGAGGUGGUCAUUCAAGAGGCGUCAAGGGUUUGGCUUGGGAUCCCGUUGGACGCUUUUUAGCUACUCAAGCAGAAGACAAUACUCUAAAAAUUUGGCAAACUGACAGUUGGACCUGUGUACAUACAUUCUCUGAACCUUUUGCCGAAUCAGCAAUUUCAACACUUUUUUGUCGAAUGGAUUGGUCUCCAGAUGGUUGUUUUCUAGUUGCUCCUUGUGCAAUGAAUAAUGGAGGGCCAACAGCCAAAAUUUUUAUGAGGAAAGAUUGGUCGUAUUCUAGGGAUUUGGUUGGAUUUAGAAAAGCUGUUUGUGCUGUGAGAGCCAAUCCUCAUUGUUUUCAACGUACAAAUUAUUCUGGAACAAAUUCCAAUUUUGCUUGUUUUGCAAUAGGAAGUCGUGAUCGCUCAAUUUCUAUUUGGUUAAUGCCUAAUUUUGCUCGUCCCCUUGUUGUUGUUGAAAAAGUUUUUAAGGAUUCUGUCGUUGAUUUGUCAUGGUGUGACUUGACUUUAGCAGCUUCCUCUAAAGAUGGAGUUGUUCGAAUUUUAAAAUUUUCUGAUAAUGAAAUUGGCAAUAUGCUCUCAACACAAGAAACGGCAUCAAUAAUUGAAAAACUUUAUGGAAUUAAACAACACAAUGCAUCUGAUGAACAUUUAAAUAACAAUGAUGAUAGUUUUUCUUCUACUAAUGGAAUCCAAAAUAUUGCAUUUCCUUCCUCCUCAGAUUUUGGUUAUACUUCAAUUUGUGAAUCUCUAGCUCGUCGAACUGCUGAAACAACAAUAAAUAGUGAAGAAGAAUUGUUUAAAGUUGCGUUUGGUCGUGAACCUCCAAAAAGACGUGUUUCAAUGGAAAUGUUGAAAAAAUUUGUGAGGAAGGCAAAAAGACAAAAGAACGGCAUUGAACAACAAAACCUUUCAAUACCCCCUAAUGGCUCUGUAAAAUCUCCUCAUCCUUGUCAAAAUGGUGAAUCUAAUGGAAUAAACAACACAAAAAUUAACUCUGACAGACGUUUAUUCAAAAGAGCAGAAAAUUUCAAGGAAAGAAGAAAAAUAUUUGAAUUACCAGAACGGAAGCGACUGUUAAUUGCAAGGAUUGAAAAAGAUUCUCCUAUAAAUUAUGUUGAAGCAAUAAACAAUUACCCUCUAAAGUCUUAUAUUGAACCAAGAAUUGCCAGAUUAUGUGGGUAUAAUAGAAGAAAAGGAGUUGAAGAAGAAGAACAUCAACCAAACUGGACUUGGUUUUCUCGACGUCACAUUUCACUUCUUUUGGCGAAUCGAAUUUGGACAGCUAUUGCAACUUUUGAUGCUCAUUUUCUCAUAUUUUCAACACAAACUGGACGCCUUAUUUUUGAUGUUUGCCUUAAAGAACAAGCUUCAUUUUUUCAACAAUUAAAUUUGGAAAAUUUAUUAAUUGGUGGAUGUGGAGGAAUUAUAAGUGUUUGGAAUAUACCUCAAAGAAGACAAGAAAUGCAACAAUCAAUUGCCCCUCUUUUUACAUUUCAAAAUCAACAAUUAAUUAGUGCAAUACUUUUACCUCAAACAAAUGGUGCUAAAGAAACAUUUGCAGGAAUUGAUUUAAAAUUUAGUGAUUUGAAUGUUUACAGAUAUUUGCCAAAUUCUAAUGGAUGGUAA